UGGCAACACGCCUAUCUCACUCACACACGAAAAAGACAGACGCGGCUCGCAGUGAAAUUCAUUCACCGAAUUUAUUAAUUCUAUCCGAGACAAAUAGCUAGUUAUUUCCUUCUAAUUGACCCAAAACGACCCACUGGUGUGGCACUUGUUUUGGUUCGCUUAUCAGUGGUGUAAACGUUCCGGAUGGACGCCAAAUAUGUGAUUUUUGCAAGAAAUUUUGUGUGACGCGGCCAUUUUUGAACAGUUUUGUGUGUUGACUUGCUGUGGGGCUUGCUGUGAAUAUUACAUAAAUACAGCGCAGCCACCCACAGAGAGAGUACACCACACCCAGCGAUGGAUCGCAAGAAGGAUCUAAACCUGGACAAGAUCUGCCGCCUGUGCAUCUCGGAGCGCAAAGAGAUGCGUCCGUUGUUCAGCGAAAAGGUACCCGAGAUGCUGAUGGACUGCACCAGCGUGCGGAUAGAGCCCACCGAGGGAUGGCCGGACAAGAUCUGUGUGCAGUGUGUUCAUGCCGUCAGCCGGAAUCACGCCUUCAAGACGCUCGUCGAGCGCAGCGACAAGGAACUGCGCGAGUACAUCAAGGGACUGACUGUGCGGCUGGUCAUGGAGGAGCAGGCGCAGCAGCAGCAGCAGCAAUCAGCGGCCAGCGCCAAGCAGCAGCAACAGCAGGAGCGAAAGCAACAGAAGCUCCUCCAAAAGCAACAGAAGCUCUUAGAGGAACAGAUGCAUCAGCAGCAGCUGAUUGAGCAGCACCACCAGCAGCCGAUACAGCCCAAGCCCAAGCUGAAGCCCCUGCUCAAGAAGGGGUCGCGGCAGCACAAGCAGCGGCAACUGGAGGCAGCUCCCGCCCCUCAGACCCAAAUACAAAUCCUACCAGAACCAACGCCCCCACCACCGCAACAGCCAGCGACGCUUCAGCAGCAAAUACAACAGAUCCAGUUGCCCACACUCCAGUCUGCUCCCACCCAGCUCCUGUCCACAGCUGCCGCCACUACGACACUGCCCCAGCAGAUCCUGCUGCCCAACGGCCAGUUCAUCACAACGGCGCAGAUUGUGGCGCCGCAGCUAGCUCAAAUCAUAAGCACGGCUCCACAGGCGACGGCCAACGGAGCAGCAGCCGCACAAUCUUCGUUCCUGCCCCAGUUAAUCCAAACGCCGAGUGGCCAAACCCUGCAGUUUGUACAGCAGCCAAAUGGGACACAGACGCUUCAGCUAGUCCAGCUUGUGCCCCAGCGGAGUCUGGCACAAGCCGGGGUGACUGGGGCGUUGGGCACUACCUCGGCCACCGCAGACUUGUCCCAAAAUCCCGGCACCUCCCUGGCGGAGGCCGAUGUGCAAUUACUGGAGGACGGCUGCGAGGUGGAGGACGAGGAUCUGGAUGAGGUGUACGACCAGCUGGACGGAAAGGGUGGGCACAACUUCGAGACCAUUGUCUUGGACGAUGAGCAGCAACACGAAUUCCUCAAAGAUCAGCACCAAGUGAUGAUCGACGAGGAUCUGUCCCAGAGCGAGGCCCAAGAGCAUGAGUACUUUGAUGACCUGGACAACCAACAGGUAAUGGACGAGGUGGACGAAUCGGAGCAUCUGAAGCAAGAAGAGGAUGAGGAUACCUUCAUUAUCCAGUUGGAGGAUGAGGACAUGCUUGAAGAUCCGGACGGUGAGGCCAUCAGUCCGGACUGCGAGUAUAUAACGGAUGACCAAGAUCCGAAUCUGUCCGGUGACGUGGACGAUGAUCUGCAGUACGCCAUCAUGGAGCCCCCGGACGGCGAGGCGAGUGCGGACAUCGAACAGGCCUUCCUCGAAACUGAACAAUUGCACCACCACCAGCAGGCCCAGCAGCAGCAUCAGGAGCAUGUCGAGCUGCAGAGCAUAUCGUUAGAAAACGCGGUAGUGGAGUUUAGUCAGGCCAACACCACAACGGAUGCGCUUGUGGCCCCCACCCUUACCGUGAGUUCCGCAAGUCCCACUCCCAAACGGGCCAAAAGAGGCAAUCAGUCGUCAGCAGUUGCAGUCACUGCCGGUGUUACUCUUGAGCCGUGUGACCACCAACCUGCCGGUCCGGCCAUCAACAGCAAGCUGGCGGCGGCGAACUCUCGCCAAUUGGUGCAGACGGCCAGUGUGAUUGCCGCCGCAGGAGCGGACGACAACUACGAAAUAGAUGCCAAUCUGGUCACCGAGUUCAUCCGCCAGCACACGUCCCCUCUGGGCUCGGGGCGCUACAUCUGCCACCUGUGCAAUACAGAGUUCCGGCAAUUCAAAGGCCUGCAGAAUCACAUGCACUCCCACACCAACUGGAUCCGAGCCAAUUGCAAGAAGCAGCCUCAGUGCGAGAUCUGCCUGAAGAGCUUCAAGGGCCCGGGAAUGCUGCGCAUGCACAUGAAAACGCACGACGCCGAGACGAGCACGCCGGUGUGCACCAUCUGCAACCGUACCUUCAAGUCCAAGGCGAUCCUCUACAGGCACCGGCAAACGCACCAGCAACGGGCCUACUGCUGUGGGGUGGCCAACUGCCGGAAAAACUUCUCGUCGGCCGUGAACUUGCGCUGGCACGUGGAGCGCAAGCAUCCCGAGGUCCUGGAACCGUUGUACAAGUGCGGUGAAUGCGGCUCCGUCUACGAUAAUGUGGACGUUCUGCAGCAGCACGUGGAGACCACGGAUCACAGCGCCGAGGUGCAGGCGAGCGGCCAGGACGAUGACUCGUCCGCCUUCAGCGGAGCCGUUAGCAUCGUACGAAACGGGACAGAUAUGUCUUCAAUGAUCGCAGCCGCCAGUCAAGGAACCACGUUGACCACAUCCGCAGGCGGAGGGGACCAUGCUGUUGUCGUCGGCUCCUCCGGGGAGGUGUACUUUGUGACGCAGGCGUAGCCAGGGGAAUAUGCCGCAGCAGUGGCUCCAGACGCUGGAGGGGAGUGCCUGCUCGGCAUCUAGACGACUACUUAGCUGUAAUAUAUAAAUAUAUAUAUAUUUUUGUACUACCCGUUUAGAUAACACAUUAUAGCAAUUAGCACAUAAACACAAAUCCACAAAAACACACUCAAUACACACAUAAAUAAUGCAAUCCUA